AUGGAGAAGUAUGGGCUAGCGCCUUUUAGAUUUCCAAAUAUGUGGACGUCGUAUGGGGAUUUAUUGAAAAGGGUUGAAUCAUCUUGGAGAGAACAUAUAGUGGCAGAUUUAGGGUUUAGUAAAUUGGCAGAGUUGGAGGAAAAGGUAGAAAAAUAUGAGAAUGUACUACAAAUAGAGUACUCAAAAUCACUUGAAGAAGAGUUCCUUGUUUUUAAGGCUGAAUUAGAGGUCUGGUAUAGAAGGGAAGAGACAAGGCCGAUGCAGCAAGCAAAGAAGAAAUGGCUAACUGAUGGUGACCAAAAUUCAAAGUUCUUCCAUGUGGUGAUUACGCAAAGAAGGCGUAACUCUUGUGUGAAUUCAAUGGUGCUUCCAGAUGGUUCGGUGCAGGGAAAUAUGCAGAUGGUUCAUGAUGAAGCUGUGAAUUAUUUUGAGCAAUUCUUGGGGCAAAAUAGUUAA